AUGCCCGUUUCGCAUCUCGGACUUACAGUUUCUCACAUAUCUUCAGCUACCUCAUUCUACCUCGCUACCCUUGGACCUCUAGGCUAUCGAUGUUUCGGCCAGAGCGGCGACUCUGUUGGACUUGGAGUCGAUCGCGCCGACCUCUUCCUCACACAAGAGCCUCGAGGACAAGCCGUCUCCCCGGCACAUGUUGCCUUCACUGCCGACAGUCGUCUCACUGUCCGAAAUUGCUAUGCGGCUGCCUUGAGCUCUGGUGCGCAUCCCAGUGGCGCUCCGAGUUAUCGUGAUAGAGACUGCACUGUGUUCAAUGCGGCCAUCGAGGACCCUGACGGUAAUGUCGUCGAGUUCGUACAUCGAGAAGUGGUAAUGGUCGAGGAGGAAAGUGCUCCCGUAGAUGCCUCACAGCAGAAUCAAGUUCUGUCCUGGCAGCGGAGUGUCGCCAACAGUAGCUUACAUGAUGAUAUCGACUACCGGUCUUCUCGAGCAUCAAGAGCAAAGUCACGAGCAGAGACCGUUCAUAGUCUGGUCACCUCGGCGUCGAGAUCAGUCAGAACACAAUCCGAAGCACCGACACGCGGUCUUACUCGAGCGCAGACCAUGCCUCAUAACUCUAGCCCGACCCCUGAGUUCCCGUCGAAAGCCAUGCUUGGAACACUGUUGGGUGCCACUGCUGGAGCAGUCCUGGCCUGGACCAUGAUCAAGACGGAAACUAGAAGUACACGUGAUCAGGCUGCAUAUGAUGCCUUCGAUCCGUUAAGAUCUGGUUCUCGUCGCUCAGCGAGUGAAACAAGACCUCAUCGCAACUACAGCACGACCGAGUCGCAAGCACCGAAGAGCCAUCGAAACCUCAGUACGACCGAGUCGACCUACGGUCGCAAAUACCCGCCACGAAGUCUUAUUCGUGGUAUGGGGCAGUGCCGGCGAGCUAUCGAGCCUGUUGCAUACUACCAAGACGAUGAAGUGCAGGACGCCAUCAGCCGAGUCACUGCCUCACGACGACCCGCCCCACCUGGAAGGAGCCGGACUAUGGUCGAAGCUCUCGAGUAUAGUCCGUGGUCUGAAGAAAGGCGUAGCAGCCGAUCUGGCGCUAGUCGUGCUGCCUUGCUACCUGUGGAUAAGCCUUACGGCUACCUAGAGGGUCCUAUGUCUACUAGUCCUACCUCUCAGCACAGUAGAACGUCCAGGAACUCUGCCGCUAAAUCUUCGCGCGACCCAGAUAAUGAGCCGCGCCACUCCCGCCCAAGCUCGUCUCGGCACAGCACUACGUCUCGUCAAAGUCGUCGAGAAAUCGACGAGGAAGGCGACAGACGUCGAGAUAGCGGCAUAAGUCUCCAGUCGAGACGCUCACUCCAUUCUCGACGUAGCACGCGAAACGAGGGAGACAAUGAUACGACGUCGAAUGCUAGCACACUGAAGCCUGACCGCCGCUCGUACUCAUGUCAUGAGUCUGCUGCUGGCGUACCACUACCUGGCUCGCAAGCCAACCCAACGGCUUCCACGGCAAAACACUCUCGAGCGGGCUCUCGAGCGACGUAUGUUACCGCAGCACAAGUACCCAUCCUCGAGACUUACGAAGCCAACGACUAUCGUGACACCGAAGAGUCCGAUGGUAUGGAUGAUAUGAAGACCGUAGUACCAGAUGACAGCAUUAGCUGCGUCGACUUCAGCAAACCAAAACUCUCCGCACGAAAUCGCAGCGACCGAGGUGACAGUAGAAGUAGACGAUCGGAGGCCGCGGAGAGUGAACGGACGGCUAGAGCAACGAGAACAGGAAGCAGCAAGCACAGUGCUGCUGCCAUGCCAGACAGAUCUCGGGGUGAGCAGCACAAUAGCCAUGGCAGAAGGAGAAGCAUGGCUAGCUAUUCCUGA